AUGCCUUCCCCAGCGAUACCAGACCACGAGAAACAACAGCUGCUCAACGGUUCGAAAGAACACAGACCCCAUGACGGACCGCCGCAGAAGAUUGCGUUCCCUCGAUGGCGAACGCGAGGGAAGCAAAAGAGCACUAUCGCUGCAAUCUGCUCAUGGAUAGUAGACCACCAGAUCAGUGAGUCCAUCCAAAACAUCCCACCGUCCUACACCACCCACAACGAUCAUACUGACACCUCAUCCACAGGCAUCUCUCUGACGCUCCUCUCCCUCCUCUUCACCACCCACUUCACCUUCCCCUCCGCCCAACACCACACACGCAAAUUCUUCCGCAUCAGCUACUACAACCCCACCACGUCCCUCUACGCCCUCGGCUGGGACGACAUCUGGUUCGUCUUCUACUGGAUCAUCGUCUGCACCGGCGCCCGCGUCAUCACCAUGGACUACCUCCUCACGCCCCUCGCCCGCCACAUGGGCAUCCACAAGAAGAAAGCCCAGAUCCGCUUCGCCGAACAAGCAUGGAUGGCGCUCUGCUACGGCACGCUGUGGUGCUUCGGCAUGCGCUUGCUGGUCCGCUCCGACUACUGGCUCGACCUGCGGGCGCUAUGGCGGGACUGGCCCAUUCGAGAAAUGGACGGACUACACAAAUGGUACUAUUUAGUCGAAUUCGCAUUCUGGCUACAGCAGAUCGUGGUCGUCAACAUCGAAGAGCGGAGGAAAGACCACUGGCAGAUGUUCACGCACCACCUGGUGACCUGCACGCUCAUCUUCGCGAGCUACGGGUACCACCAAUCACGCGUGGGCCAUUUGUUUCUGGUUAUCAUGGACCCUAGCGACGUCCUCCUCUCCGGCGCAAAAGUUCUCAAAUACCUCGGCUUCCAACUCCUCUGCGACGUGGCUUUUGGCCUCUUCAUCGCCGUGUGGUUCGUCACGAGGCACAUCGUCUACCUCAUGGUCUGCUGGAGUAUCUACGCGCAUAUCCCGCAGGAGAUCCGAUACGGGUGCUAUAGAGGCGACAUCACGAACUUACAAGGCCCGAUGCCCGUGCCGAACGAUUGGGAGCACCUGGUGCAGCCAUUCAAAGACCCCGCGGGCCUGGUAUGUUGGAACGAUAACUUGAAGUGGACGUUCUUGGGCCUGUUGUUGAUGUUGCAUGUAUUGAUUGAGUUGUGGUUUAUGCAGAUUGUGAGGGUCGCUUACAAAGUACUCUCCGGACAAGGGGCGGAGGACACACGCUCAGAUGACGAAGACGACACUGAAGAAGAGGAGGAAGGCGAUAUCACGACCGCGCAACUCGAGGCGCUGCCUACGGAGAAGCAGGGCUUGCCUACUACAACCGAUGGGUCGUUUAUCGAGAAGGACGUUCUUAGCACGGAUCAGCAUUUUACGGGCUCUGGGCGGACGUCGUCUACUCGGAGGAAGAAAGACGGUGGCGGCGGCCACUCAAGCAGUGUGAACUUGCUAGCGGGCUCGGACAGGAAGGAGCUGUUGGGGCGCAUUGGUUGCGACAAGCCAUCGGAAUGA